UUUUUCCGUAAAUCGUACAUUUGGAACGAGUGACAUUUGUUUAUGCAGAGAGAAAAAACAAUAGACUGUUGAGCCGGAUGUGAAUAGUGUUAAAUUGCGGAUACCAUCACAGUGACCUAUUUACUUAUUAUUUGGAAUUAUUAGAUUGGUUCUAUGAGGAUGUGCACAUAGAAGCAAAUACUAAAUUGAAAAGACACAUUUGCUAUCUAUGCAAACAAUGAAAUAUCCCAACGUGUCAGGAAGCACGAACAUGGCGGUCAGCGGCAACGGUUCCCACGUAGACGAGGUCGAUUCGCUUUUCACUUCUUCAUGUUGGCAAAACUCGAAUUCGGGCCUCCAGAACGAAUUCAUGGACACUGACAAGCUGAUGCUGCACAGCUCCAUGAACCACAUGGGCUCGGACAAGCUGAUGCUCGGCUCGCCGAUCAGCCACGAGGAGGACGAAAUGGAGUCGAAGAUGAACGUCUUGGACAACCUGCUGCUCGACAGCUCCUCCAUGAACUCCGGCAGUUUGGCGGAGCUGAAGCCGCUCCCGCCCUUCACGAACUACACGGCGAACUUGAGCAUAAACGGGAUCCAGGGGCACCAUUAUCACACGAUAUCGCAGAGGGUGCCCGAAGAGAACAAUAACUCGUAUAACAGUUACAACGAACAGAAUAUAGUGUCGAGUUCGACGUGCAACGUUAGUGCGGACUCUGCCUGUGAAUCGAACUCGAAAACUCUGUACUCGGUCGACGAGGUGGUCAAGUUGGGGUACGCGGACUCUGUGUCGAGCGCGAUGAAGUUCGAAGAUUGCAGCCAAACGUCAGCGGAUUCAGUCACGCACAUCAAGUCGGAAAUGGGGGAGUACGACAUUUCCUCGAUAGAAGAUAUCGCGGCCAUAAUCGGCUCAGCGAUAGCCGACACCACCGUACCUAACAACAACCCCGAAAGCGAGGACCAGACAGGAUCCAGAGACAGUUGGAUGGAUUUGGAGUCGUGGAUAGACGGCGCCUGCGUCGACCAACCAAAAAGCCUGAUCAUAACGCAGGAUGGACUGUCAGAGUUCGUUAUACCGAACACGAACGCGCAAAUGGAAUACAACAAGCACCAAAUCCAGCAAGGAGGGUCGACGUUACAGACCCUGCUGACGCACGGUUACAUGCCCCUUUUGCAGAAUCGUUUGCAGAACGGCCCGCCCAUCAAACAAGAAGCCCCCAGUUCCACCAACUACGGUGGGGACAUGAUAUCGACGUCCAGCCCGCCAGCCAAUGUUGUAUCCACAACGGACAACCUCAUGCUCACCGUCAACGGACGAUUCAUGCCCCAGUACAGCGUCCACGGGAUGGAGGACCACAGGAUAAGAAGUCCGGACCUGAUGGGCCAAAACUACCCGCACACCACGACCGGCACGCCGAACGCGCCCAAAAAAUCCCGCAGCCGGGCGCAGAAGAAGCAGCACCAAGCGGCCAGUUCGACGGUGUUUCAAUCCGAGCAAAGCCUAGGACUUUUGGGCAAGGAAAAGCCAGUGCACAGGUGUAACAUUUGCAAUAGGGGGUUUUUGAAUAAGAGCAACAUCAAGGUGCACCUGCGCACGCAUACGGGGGAGAAACCUUUUAGAUGCGAGACGUGCGCGAAAGCGUUCAGGCAAAAAGCACACUUGUUGAAACAUCAACAAAUACAUAAGCGCAUAGGACGCGACUAGUUCGUGUUCUAAGCGUUUUGUCGUUUGCGAAGGUAA